UGAAGCGGGAGGAAGUCGCCGUUGUGUUGCCGGUUGUUGAUGUUUGUGUAAGAAACAAAAGGCACCCCAGGAUGGACGUGACGACGUGUCUGAAGUCUCUGCUGCUGGCUAUCCAGCAGUACAGAGACAGCAGGACGGCGCAGCACGCAGCGCAGCUACAGAAACAGGUGGAGAAACUUUCGGGGCUGAAGUGCGAGCAGCUGCUGUCCACAGCGCAGGUUCUGCCCAGCGAGUGCGUGAGUGGGCUGGUGGAGCUGGCUGGAAGUCCAAGCACCAGCCCCACCCUGACGAGCUCCAUCAUCUCCCUGCUGUCACAGCUAGCCUGUGAUGCUCAGAGCCGGGAGAUUCUGCACAGCAGCUACAACCUCACCGGCACCCUGGCUGCUGUCGUACACUGUCACAGCAACACACCCGGAGAGCCUCUGGUGCUGCAGUGCCUCCAGGUGCUCCAGAAGCUGACCUACAACACUCGUAUCUUCCAGUCCACCAGCUACAUCCACGAGCUCAUUACGUUUCUCAUGACCAACAUCCAGUCUCACAACGAUGAUGUCGUCAUGCCGUGUCUGGGCCUCAUGGCCAAUCUCUGUCGUGAAAACCAUUCGGUGCAGAACUACAUCAAGUCUCUGGACAACGUGAAGCCGUUUUAUCGCACGUUGAUCAACUUCCUGGCUCACAACAGCCUGGCUGUGGUGGUCUUCACGUUGUCCAUACUGGCUGGCCUCACUCUGAACGAGAAGGUCGGAGAGAAGCUCUUUGAUGCAAAGAACAUCCAUCAGACGUUCCAGCUCGUGUUCAACAUCAUCGUGAAUGGUGACGGCACUCUGACCAGAAAAUACUCAGUUGAUCUUUUGGUUGAUUUGCUAAAGAACCCCAAAAUAGCAGAUUGCCUAACGAGGUAUCCGCACUUCUCAGCAUGUGUGUCUCAGGUUUUAGGACUGCUGCAUUCAAAAGACCCAGACCCUGCAGCCAAGGGGUUGGAGCUUCUCCUGGCCAUGUGCAGUGUCUCGGGUCUGCGCUCGCUCCUGUGUGAGGUGGUUUUCAAACCGGCGGGACCCAAACUCAGAGCUGCAGGACGGGACGGUGGGCGUAAGGUGCAGUGUGGGCUGGCUCUGGUGCAGUGGCUGAGCUCACCUGUGGAGGGCGGAGAAUCUUGCUCUCUGCAGGUUUUGCAGCUGUUGAACGAGCUGCUGGAGGAGGCGUUGGGAGCAGAGAGCAUGUCUGAUUGUACGCUGAGCUUUGUGGAAAUGCUUCCGGUCCUGUUGGGGCUGCUGAAGGGUCUCGCCGCGCAGGGAGACGCUCACCUGAGAAAGCACUGCCUUCGCAUCACCCGCGUCACCAGACUGCUGCUCAUCCUUUGCGCCGAGGAUGCCACCAGAUCUUUGGUGUCCUGUCAGGUGAGCGCUCAGCUCUGCCUCUCGCUUGAAGCGCUCCUCUCACGUUACCAUAGCAACAGCCCCCUCAGCUGCUUGCCUCCUGUCUCCGACGAUGAUCUCAGUCAGGUGUGCGCUGAAGCUGUGCUGAAGACUCUGGAGUUAAUGAGCAGACUGAGACAACACGUGAAAGACAUGGAGACCAGCUUCUACAGGAUACUGCAGGACCAGAGGAUAGUGACCCCCCUCUCCCUGGCCCUCACCUCCCACCGCAGAGACCGUGUGCAGACCGGACUCUGUCUGCUGUUUGAAGCCACUCCCCUCCCAGACUUCCCCUCGCUGGUCCUGGGAGAAAGUAUCGCCGCCAACAACGCUUAUCGGCAGCGGGAGGCGGAGCUGUCUGUGAAGCGCGUGGCAGUGCAGGAAGUCCCGCCUCCAAGGAUGAACGCCAGCACGCUGGAAUCCUCCAGCGUUUCCAGCAAAAGUGUCCACAGUCUGGUAGAGAAGAUUCAGAAUGGGCUGGAGCUGCAGGAGCAGGUCAAGGACUCGCACGUGUCUGAGAUCAUCGAUGUUUAUGAGCAGAAGCUCGUUACGUAUGCGUCUAAGGAGAGCCGUCUGCAGGACCUGCUGGAGGCGAAGGCUCUGGCUCUUUCUCAGGCCGACCGUCUCCUCGCUCAGUAUCGCUUUCAGAGAGCUCAGGCUGAGGCUGAGGCCCGUAAGCUGGCCGGGCUGCUGAAGGAUGCAGAGCGGCGGCGGGAGGAGCUGCAGGUGGAGCUGAGCGGCCAGGUGCUGGAGGUGGAGCGUUCCAAAGCUGACAUGGAGGAGCUGCUGCAGCACAACUCCAGACUACAGCAGGACUCUGAGGAACACCAGGCCCUGAAAGGAGCCUACAAUGCCCUGCUCAACAGGUCAGAGGCACCCACCAACUGUGUUAUUCCUCAGACAGGCAGCUCUCUUUAG